AUGGGGGGCGACGGGGAUGAGACGAGCCCUGCGCAUGUGCGCCAAGAACCAGAGUGGGUGACAAGCCUCGCGACGCUGGCUGCGAGAAACUUCAAGAGGGUCCAGAAUGACGCGGUGAACAGCAUCAUGCAGAAGAAUGCUGAUUUCACCAUGUCCCUGCCGAUAUGGGUCGCCACGGUCUUGAACAUGUGCUCGAUGACCCUGCCAGCAGCGUGGCCAUUGGAGGGUGCUGUAGAGAAGGCGUACGAGCAUUACUACCAGGAAAAAGGGUGCUACGCGUUCCCACCGCCUGGCCACAUCGUCGAGGUCAGCUUCUACAAGACCCUGGCGCCGGAGAUGGUGCGGAAGUUGCAGCGCGAUAGCCUGGGCUCGCUGUAUUUGGCCUGGCUCAUGCUGUUGCGCGACGUGCAGGAGAAAGAAGAGAAGCUCGCCAAGAUCGUGGAAGCGGCAAUGCAAGUCCCGAUGAAGUUCACGAAGCGGAACAAUGACAACGAGCGCGUGCUGAAGGUAUACCAGUAUAAGGAGGACGAAGAGAAGAAUGCGGAGUUGUUGGGCCACUCCCUCCUUGGCCGAGCGCGCGAGCUAGCAGGGCUCCAAGAAGUUCUUCGUUCGAAUUCUCAGAGCAGCACGCCCCCGGCGAUCGAGGAGCUGUUCAAUUCUGGCGGCAUCACCUGGGCGCAUAAGGAGACUACGAUGAACUUGUACAACAUCAGGCUGCACCUCCGCAUCCUCAGACGCCUGUCGAUGGCAGUUGCCGACGUCGGCGCCCCGGCCUACAAGGACUCGGCCCUGUGCUACUUCGACCGCAACGAGGAGAUCUGGGGGCGCAAGCAUCCGAAUGUUACUAUGCAGGAGACGGGCAGGUCUUUUGAUGCAUUUCAGAGCGCAGUUCCAGACCUUGGAGACCUACGCGUGCUGGCGGAGACUUAUCAUGUCAUGCUUCUGCGCGGAUACAACGUGAAGGCGAGCGGCAGGCACGCCCCUGAGACCGCCAAGACGCUGAAGACAUUCCACAAGGAGUACCCAUCAGGUUUGGAUUUUGAUGGCAAGGAAUUGUUACAUGUCAGCCACACUUACCCGAUCCUUGGCGAGGGCACUGCGGAGAAGCUGAACUCAGAGAUCCUGCUCCCUACGAUGCUCAACAAGAAGUUUCAGGCAUUCCUCGGGCACCCCACUGCUCUGGCCGUCCCCUUCAUCAAGGACAUGUUGCCCGAGUUGGAUCAGCUCUACCAGGUGGACGUGGCUGAGCGCAGGGCCAAGGAGCGCGCGGUUCAGGGCGAGCGCGAAGAGUUCGACGUGGCUAUGAGCUGUGAGGCCAGCGGGUUAAUUACCGAAGACGAGAAGCAGCCGAUGAUUGCAGCAGGGGCUUCGCGCCUGUGGUUCUUCAACGCGGGCACCGACUCCACGAAGGACCCCAACAACAAAGCAUCUGCGUGGCGCAUGAAGGCAACGCCAGACGAGGACCACAUCAACCAGAUGGUCAACAUCGUGGCGUCGUUCAUCAAUGAGUCAGAUUCCGCCGUGAUCGUCAGCGGCCGCAACAAGCUAUUCCAUCGUGCCGCAAAGAAGAUGGUGAUGCAAUGCAAGCCCAAGCUCGCGGUCAAGGAGUUGGAGAUGCUGCCAGACGAGGGCGAGGUGUCGCAACACCUCCGCGUCGAGAGCAGCGUAGUUGGCACCGUGGACCUCACCGACCAGUACCUGCACAUCAUGAAGACCAAGCGCGCCAUGGACACGAAAAGAGGACUCCCUCGGCGAUUCGUCCCAGGGAACACGGCAUUCCGGACAAUGGCUGGCAUUCCCGUGGUCUCCAAGGACAGCAUGGUAAAGGUAUCGUAUUCCGACCGCGAGGCAGUCUUCAAGCACGUGUGCGGCUCGGAGAAGUGGACUCCUGGGGCGAAGGCGGCCAAGGGCCAGGACCUGUCCGACGAUGACGACGACGAGGCACCUGAAGAUACAGCAGUUGACCCCCUGGAGGCGAUCAACGGCGGCACUGCCACAUUAGUCGUCCUGUUCUGGAUGGAGCUGCACUUGAGGGCCGGGGCCCGCGUGUUGAUCAAUUUCACUCCGGGGGCUGGGCACAUGAUCAAGGCGGCGUUCAUGCUCAGUGUGAAAUCGAUAGUCGUGCGUCAUAACGAAGCUCACGUCAAAGUGCUGAGCGACGUCUUGCGUGCGCACCUGCUCGACGAGAUCCAGAAAUCUGGGCCCGCAUCAAGCAGGUUCCUCCCAGCGGACAAAGACGAGCGCCUGGAGAAGUGCAAGCCUGAGCGCCUCAAGCUGUGCGAGAUGCAGCGGAAGCGGAGCGCUGGCGACUCGGACCUCAUCAGCCCCGAGGCGAAGAGGACUGCGCUUGGGUCCUCAGUCGACGCGAUGCUGGCCAGCUUGGAGGGCACGCCGACCCCGAAGGCCAAGGCAAAGGCCAGGGCCAAGGGCAGCGAGACCCCCGAGGCCGAAGCAGGAAGCAGCCCUGCUGCUGGAGCUGAGGGAUCCGCUGGGGAGGCGGGGAAGGUGAAAGGCAAGGCGGAUGCCUCGUCUGAUGUAGCAGGCCCAGCGGAGGACUUGCAGGCCUUGCUGGCGCAGUGGUCUAAUAAGUAG